AUGCAGAACGACGCCGGAGAGUUCGUGGACCUUUACGUCCCUCGGAAAUGCUCUGCCAGCAACCGAAUCAUUGGUGCUAAGGAUCAUGCUUCUAUUCAGAUCAACAUUUCUGAGGUUGACAAAGUAACAGGCAGAGUAAAUGGCCAGUACAAAACCUACGCCAUUUGUGGGCCAAUCCGUAGAAUGGGGGAAUCAGAUGACUCCAUUCUGCGUCUGGCAAAAAGAUGGAAUUGUCUCCAAGAACUUCUAACUGAAGAAACUCCAGGAUGGAACAUCUGUUGGCAUCGAAGUUCUGAGAAGAACCUUGAUCCACCUCUUGAUGCAUACCCAAAGGGAAUGAAGCCACUGGGACCCUGA